UACACAACAUAAACCAUCCGCAGCCAGUGAGAUAGUAUUACCGGAAAAACAGAGAGAGACGCGGAGAGAGGUCGCCGGCCAGAGCCCGCCGUUUGCGCCACCGCCAUCGUUGACGCACCGGCAUCCCUCAGCCGCCGCCGCCACCAUUCACCGCACGCGGUUCCGUCCACAGUCCAACGGCAAACGGCCAAAACCAGAGAGAGAGACGAUGAUUGCCACCGACGCUCCGCCGACCGCGACUUCAAAUUGCGUCGUCGCCACCUAGCGACCACCGGACCUGAGACAGCCGCCGUUCGCCCCUGUUCGCGACACCAACCGUCGUCCGCCGAUCGAAGGAUCCGUCAUCACCGGUCACCGUCAGUCGUCGUUGCUGCCGUUUUCCUUUUCGCAGCGCCAACGUCCGCCGUCGAUCUAGCCGCGACGCCACCGGAUUCAUCUAGCCGCGACGCCACCGGAUUCCUCUCGGCGUCGUCGACAGGAGCCUGAAGCGACGUCGCCGGAGAUCCCAGCUCUGCCACCGCCGCAUCUCUCCGUUGCAACAGAUUGCGGUCGUCCAGCAGAGAGAGAUAGAUCGACGAGAGAGAGAUCGACGGAAAAGGGAGAGAGAACACCGGAAGACGAGUCGGCUGGUACACCGGCGCUCGCCACCCUCAACCCAACACUGCCGCCCCUCCGCCGUCCCAGCAGACUGCGGCCAAUAAGAAAAAGAGAGAGACUCAGCGGCGAGCGUAGCUUGGGAAGCCAGCCUCGCCACCGCCUUCUGCCUCCGUCGCCCACCAUCUACCACCAUCGCCACCGAAAAGAGACCGUAACCGGCGAACAAAUCCGGCAACUCUCCAGCGAAAGCAGAUUACAGCAGGUGGGUACUUUUUACAUAUUGUGAUGGCUUCUUCAGCUACCUUUUCUACAAGUAGCUUUCAUGGUACUGUAUUUGGGUCUAGAGGUAGGAGUUGUCAUAAUGAAGUUAUGUUCAACUGCCUUAAUCUCUGCUUCAACCAAACUUGUAACAUGAAGUCUAUAUCUGCAUCUGCCGAUACGCAAAAUUCACUGUUAUCAUCUAUCAGGAAAUGGGACAAAAAGCAACUAGUUGCAAGGAACCUGAGAAAGAAUAGUAGUAUCCUCUGUAGAGCAGUAGGGAUUGAAAGAAAACCUUGGUUCAUAGAGGGAAAUAAAUUCCUACUCGAUGAUGUAAUUGAAGCUCAACAAUUUGACAGAGAUACACUUAAUGCUAUAUUUGAAGUGGCACGUGAAAUGGAGAAUGUUGAGAAAGGAUCACCUGAAAGCCAGACGCUUAAGGGGUAUCUGAUGGCUACCCUUUUCUAUGAACCUUCCACUAGGACUAGGCUUUCAUUUGAGUCUGCCAUGAAGCGUCUUGGUGGGGAAGUUUUGACAACGGAAAAUGCGCGUGAGUUUUCAUCUGCAGCAAAAGGGGAAACACUUGAAGACACAAUAAGAACAGUUGAAGGUUACUCUGAUAUAAUUGUCAUGAGGCACUUUGAAAGUGGUGCUGCCAGAAGAGCAGCAGCCACAGCCAACAUUCCCAUUAUUAAUGCAGGAGAUGGUCCUGGUCAACACCCAACUCAGGCCCUACUGGAUGUAUACACCAUUCAAAGGGAGAUAGGAAAACUUGACGGGAUAAAAGUUGCCCUUGUUGGUGAUCUUGCUUAUGGAAGGACAGUUAGGUCACUUGCUUAUCUACUUGCUAAAUACCAGGAUGUGAAGAUUUACUUUGUCUCCCCUGAUGUGGUAAAAAUGAAGGAUGACAUAAAGGACUAUCUGACUUCACAAGGAGUUGAUUGGGAGGAAAGUGCUGAUUUACUAGAGGUGGCUUCCAAAUGCGAUGUGCUUUAUCAAACCCGUAUCCAACGAGAGAGGUUUGGGGAGCGAAUUGAUUUAUAUGAAGAAGCCCGAGGCAAGUACAUAGUGGACCUAGAGGUUACGAGGGCAAUGCAGAAACAUGCUGUUGUCAUGCAUCCUUUGCCAAGGCUAGACGAGAUAACUGUGGACGUGGAUGGAGAUCCAAGGGCUGCGUACUUCAGACAAGCCAAGAAUGGCCUCUACAUUAGAAUGGCUCUUUUAAAGCUUCUACUUGUUGGCUGGUGAGUGCACCCACCCACCAACGCACCAUGUUUUUCUCUACAAAAUUUUGAAAAUAAUGCCAUCCUUGAUUGAGGACAGGACCUAACCUAGUCCAGAUUUUGUUUCAAUAAACCAUCAAACCUUGACGCCUGACUUUGGCUCAUUAUCCACACCAGUGUGAAUCAUGAAUCUUUUGACAAAAUCUAAAAUCACCUUUGCCGUGAAAA